UUGGUCGGUGACGCGAACGGUUUUGAUACGUCAAAAAUAGAAGAAGAGAAAAAUCUGGAGAAGAAAGAGUGCGAAAAAGGAAGAGGUUUGCCGUGAAAUUCACAAGUUGUGUGUGAUCAAUUUUGUGUUCGCAUCACACUUUUUCACGAUUUCGUGCAACGCGUUGAACGGUUUACAGCCCAACUGAACAACCUGUUCGUUGGUGAACUUUCCCCAGGGCCUGCAUUGUGCGUUACGGCUUGUGUUUGCGUACGUCGCCGAACACCGAGCGUGGGGUGGUAGAUAUUUUUGGAUUCCCAUCCGUUCGAGCGUUACCAGGGCUAAAAGCAGGCUAGUGUGACAUUGCCAAAAUGUUCAUCUGGGACUGGUUCACCGGCGUUCUAGGUUACCUAGGUUUAUGGAAAAAGUCUGGUAAAUUGCUCUUCCUCGGCCUAGACAAUGCUGGCAAAACAACACUGCUACACAUGCUGAAGGACGACAGACUAGCACAGCAUGUCCCAACGCUUCAUCCAACUUCGGAAGAAUUGUCCAUAGGAAAUAUGCGUUUCACAACCUUCGAUCUGGGUGGACACACGCAAGCAAGACGCGUUUGGAAGGAUUACUUCCCAGCAGUAGACGCGAUCGUGUUCCUUAUCGAUGCCUGGGACCGGAGCCGUUUCACAGAGAGCAAAAACGAGCUGGACUCACUGCUCACCGACGAAGCACUAUCGAACUGUCCGGUACUGAUUCUUGGCAACAAGAUCGACAAACCUGGCGCGGCGAGUGAGGACGAGCUGCGCAACUACUUCGCACUGUAUCAGUUGACCACCGGCAAGGGCAAAGUGCCUCGCUCCGAGCUGCCCGGUCGCCCGCUCGAGCUGUUCAUGUGUUCCGUACUGAAGCGGCAGGGUUACGGCGAAGGGUUCCGUUGGUUAGCCCAGUACAUCGAUUAAUAGUGGUGCUUUGAAAAGCGGCAAUUCUUUUUUUUCCUUCUUUCGGGUAUCAAUGGGUUCGUGGGAGGGACGGGGCAUCGUCAGUGAAAAGAAGAACGCAAGGAAAACACAAUACACAAAACAAAAGCCGAAAGUCUUAUUACUUUACAUACGCA